CACUCUGUGCCGGAUGUGUCGUGUACACACAGAAACACUCAUCAGCGUUCCACUUCCAAUCGUUUGGAAUCAAACGUGUACUUUACAAACAGGGAAUAAACUGAGGAGGAUCUGGAGACAUGGCGCAUCUAACGACGAACCCGGCGGAUAAAGAGCGGUUUAUGUGUAUUUAUCCAUCGUACAUCAACAGUAAAAAGACAUUAGCAGAAGGCAGAAGAAUCGCUGCAGAGAAGGCUGUGGAGAACCCGUCCUGCACUGAGAUCCGGGAUGUUCUGGUCGCCGCUGGACUCAAUGUUCUGGUGGAGAACAAGAUGUAUCCGCGCGAGUGGAACCGAGACGUGCAGUUCAGAGGGAGAGUUCGCAUCCAGAUCAAACUCGAGGACGGGAGUCUCUGCCAGGAGAAGUUCUCGUCCAGAAAGGACGUGAUGUUUUAUGCGGCGGAGAUGAUCCCGAAACUGAAGAGCCGAACGCAGAAGAGCGGCGGCGCCGAGGCCGGAGCCCAGCCGGGGGAGGGAGGGAAGAAAGGGAAGAAGAAGAAGAAGUAGAGGAGGAUUGCAGAUUCACC